AUGCAGCUGUUAGGUGCACGGUUGUCAGGCAUGUGGUCAUCAGACAUGCCAGUGGCAGUACCCCCCCAGGGCGCCAGCUGCCCUACGCCGGGAGAGAGGAUACCCCCUGCGACGGGGCGCUGGCCGGUCCAGAUGGGUCUUGUGGAAAUCAGUGAUGAUAAGAACAGGGCUGAGGACACACUGAGCAUGAUCACCUACCAGCGCCAGGCCACCAUGACAGGUAACACCCCACUGCGUGACAAGAGGCUGCAGUUCCUACUCAGGAAGAACUCACCCAUGGAAAAAAGGUUCAGUGCACAGGGCAGCGCCCCUGACGGGGGCUACGGGUGGCUCGUGUUAGCCUCUGCUUUUUUUGUCUUUGGACUCACGUUUGGGAUUGUUAAGGCCUUUGGAGUUUUCUACGUGGAGAUCAACCAGUAUUUCGCCACCUCUGCGACAGAGGCAUCUUGGAUCACAUCCAUUGCCGUGGCAACCGUCCAUAUUGGUGCUCCAAUAGGGGCCGUGCUGAGCACACGCUAUGGACACCGUGCCGUGGUGAUGGCUGGGGGACUUCUGGCCGGGGUAGGAAUGGUUGGCGGAUCCCUUUCCCAGAACCUGGUCCAGUUGUACAUGACUGUUGGGUUUCUGUCUGGUUUGGGUUACGCUAUCUGCUGGACCCCAACAAUGACAAUGCUGGCCCUGUACUUUGAGAGGCGGCGACCCAUGGCCAAUGGGCUGGCCAGCGCAGGUGAGUGCAUCAUGACCUUCCUCAUAACGCCCUUCUUCCAGCUCCUGGUGGACUGGUACUCCUGGAGGGGGGCCAUGCUUGUCCUGGCUGGGCUGGAACUGAACCUGUCUGUGUGCGGGGCACUCCUGCGUCCCCUGACCCUCGCCGGAGAUUCCCCUGGGAACAAGGCCUCGCCCCAGGAAGCGGCUGCACCCUCUGAGAGGCCCACCACUAGCCAGAGUGGAGGGGCAGUGCUGCAGAAGAAGGUCUUGCACUAUGUGGACUACACUCUCAUAACCAACAAGCGCUUCAUCAUCUACUCCCUGUCUGGGGUUUUCGCUGCCCUGGGCUUCUUCGCACCCGCUCUCUUCCUGGUGCCCUACGCGCGCAGCCGGGGCGUUGAGGAGUACCAGGCGGCGUCACUCAUGUCGAUCUCAGCAGCGUUUGACCUGACGGGCCGACUCGCCUGCGGCUGGAUUGCUAACCUGCGGCUGUGGGAGACCAUCAAGCUGCUGAUGGGCACCAUGACAAUGCUGGGGGCCGUGCUGCUCAUGUGUCCGUUGGCCAAGAGCUUCAGCGAGCUGGCCAUCUUCAGCGCAGCGUACGGUCUGACCUUCGGCGCCACGGUCUCCAUCCACAUCACCGUGCUGGUCGAAGUGGUGGGCGUGGCCCAACUUGGCAGCGCGCUCAGCUUCUUCAUGCUCAUCCGAAGCAGCGGGGGCCUCCUGGGACCCCCAAUAGCAGGAGCCUUUAUAGACAAAAUGAGCGACUAUGGGAUGGGCUUCCUGAUAGCAGGCGUGGCCCUCAUUGUCUCCGCCCUCUUCCUUCUGCUUUUGCAGCAGAUAAACAGUAGAGGGCAGCGUAGCUCCAAAAUGGGUCACCUACCUGUGGAGGAUGAACGGGAUGGACUGGACUGUGACAAGACGGAGGGCACUGAGGACAGAACUGACGAAAGUUCCCACUAA